GUCGGCGGGGCUGCUGGGCCGGCGGCCAGCGUCUCCCGUCGCGCGGCAGGUGGUGCCGCGCCGGCGCAGCCUCUUGCUGCUGGGCGCCGGGAGACUGCCCAGAUGGGGAGACGCGGGCUGGCUGCAUUGUCCUAGAGCCUUCCUGAGGAAUCCUGUUUCUUUGGAGAGGCCUUUGUGCUGUGUCAGGACCGCUGUCAGGGACCUGGGGAGCGAUAGAUGGAGGAGGGCUUUGAGCUCAACAGUUGUCUGCAGAGCCAGCAUAUCAUCAUCCUGUUUUUCACCUGGAUGCUUUUUCCCUGAGGCCGAGACCCGAUGAAUGAGAGAGGUCACUGUCUUUUGCCCACCAAGGGUCCGUCUGAAUGAUGCUCAUCUUUUCCGCGCCUUCCCUUGCUUCCUCUCGGCAGAGGUGGGACUUUUGUCCCCAUUAUAAAUGCGGCAGUCUAACAGCGUCUCGAUACUGCCACUAACCACAACGUCCCUCUUAAGGGAGCUACAGGAAGACAUUGGGGGAUGGAGUUGCUCCAUUUCUCCACAAGUCUGAAAACAUAUCUCCAGCCUCUCCUGGAGUUACCAUGAUGGGCUCCUGCUCUCCUGGAAGGUGCCUGCAGGUGAUAAGGAGAGCGGGCAGAGCUGAGAAGGCUGAGACUCCAUUCACUGAUUCAGUGGAUAUUGUGUACAUACCAGGUGCCAGGGAGUGAGACAGAUACAGGCCUGGCCCUCGUGGAGCAAGCCUUAUGGAAGAAUACGUAGUCCCUGGGUGCAGCAGACUGUUAUAGUGCUCAGCUGCUUACCGAGAGGGUUGAAGUUUGAGUCCACCCAGAGGCACCUUGGAAGGCCUGGCGAUCUGCUUCCGAGAAACCAACCAUUGAAAACCUUAUGGAGCACAGUUCUAUGCUGACACACGUCGGGGUGCCAUGAGUUGGAAUGGACCUGAUGGCAGCUGAUGUGGUGUAGGACACAAGGCAGGACUAGGGCAGGUUCAGGAUCCUCUCCUCAUCUCAGGCCCAGCAGCUCCUCCAGGACACAGCUUGGCUGUCAAGGGUGAGAGCCCCGGAGUGUGUGGAUUUCACCGCCAACCUGAAUCGUCACUUAGGUCCAAGGCUGUGUCCACCCUACAACUCCCCCGACCCAGGCGCAGUUCCAGACAAGGAAAGUAUUUGUUCAUGGGGACCGUGGUCAUUCUCACACUGGCCUUGGAUCCACCCAGGCCUAAUAUUAAUCCCUCACUUACAGGGAGUUACAAUAAACAAAUACAGAUGCGCACGUGUGCAUGUUAGGUUGUGACAGGUGCUGUAAAGAAAUGAAGCGCAGCAAAGAGGUGGAGACUAGUAGUGACUAUUGCUUUGAAGGGUAGUCAGGUGAGGCGGCUUAUGCAGAGAAUCAGAGAAGAGCACUGUAGGGAGAGAACAGCAAGUGCAAAGGUCCUGGGGUAGGAGAGUGUGUGAUGUGCUCAGGGAAGGGCAGGAGAACAGCAUGGCUGGAGUGAAAUGAGCGAGAGGAGGGUGGUAGGAAUGACACUGAGGAGGCUGGACAGGUCUGGCAUUUCGAAGGUGACAGGAAGCCAUUGGAAGGCCCAGGGCCAGCUCAGGUCCCAGGUCCCCAGAGCUGCUCCUGUGUCCUGAAGACCAUGGUGCUUGUGCAGCCUGGCUGGGAGAGCUGCUCCCUUCUCAGGCCGUAAGUCCUGGGUCCUUUUGUGGGCCCGAAUGACCAGGGAGCAGAUGAGGCGCCAUCUGACAGCAGGAGCAGAAGGGGUCUGUCCUGGGUGCUAGGUGGGCAGGGUCUGGGAGGGACCAGCUCCAGGAAGUUUAGGGGGUGGAAUUGGGCAUGUUCAUUCCAAACAAAUCUACGGGGGCCUCUCAGGUGAUACCAGCUUGAAAGUAGUUCUCUCUCCGAGGGUGGGAGACAGGAGUGGAUCAAGAUGAGCCUCGAAUGCUACUCCCAGAAGUUGGGGUUUUGUCCUUUAGUCAUUAGAGGUAUGGACGAGCCUUACACAAAGGAACACCCAGUCUGGCUUUUCAGAGGUAGCGCUUUGACACCCAUGCUGUAAUGGACAGGGAAAAUAGGCUGGGAGACCAGUCAGGAGGCUUUUCAGAAUUUUGGAAGAGCUCCUUCUGGGAUUGCUGGUUGAGAGGGGUGGUGGUUGGCCCACAGUAGGUGAUGUCACUGAGUGGUUUCAUGGAGUCACUGAGCACAUCCAGGGCGCCCUGGGGUCGGGGACUUGUCAGGAAGGGAGGCGCUCCUCGUCCCUUGGGUGGAGCCCCGAUAGUUGGCGGCCAUCACUGGUUCCUGAGGAGGACUAGGUCCACGUCCUUCUGGUUGCCCAGUGCAGGCUGCCUCCUGAGCCACCUGGGCAGACGGUUGUGAGGAGUCGGAAAACAAGGACAACACAUUGUGGGCGUCAGCACACAGGUCUCAGCCCCUCGUGCCUGCAGUGGCACGCAGGCUGAUGGCAGCACCGCCACAAGGCGGAUGCAGAGGCCCCGGUUUCUGAGUGGGUCUGGGCACAUCUUGCUCAGGGCUGUCCUGCUGCAGCUCGUUAUGCCCCGGGGGUGUUGCUCAGCACACCCUCCCGCUUCCUCUCCUUAGGCAGCAACAGACAAGGCCUCAUCCCUUCGCCAAAGCCACCUUUCCAGGGCUGGAACUGGGGUGUACACCCCCCUCCGCCCCAGAGCCAUUCUGGGCUGCUAUGCCUGCUUCCAGGACUGGUUCCAGCUUCAUUGCCUUUCUUUCUCUCGAGAUCAGCUGUGUAUUGUUACGUAAGUUAUAACGUAGUUAUGUAUACGGUUAUAUAUAUGUAUACACACAGCUGUAAUUAUGUGCACAGUUAUAUACAUGUAUACACCCAGCUAUAGUUAUAUACAGUUAUAUAUGCGUACACACACAGCUAUAAUUAUAUACAGUUAUAUAUAUGUAUAUAUGUAACUAUAGUUAUGUACAGUUAUGUAAAUGUAUACACCCAGCUAUAGUUAUAUACAGUUAUAUAUGUACACACACAGGUGUAAUUAUAGUUUCAUGUAGGUAUAUACACAGCUGUAGUUGUAUACACAGUUACAUAUACGUAUACACACGUAGUUAUAGUUACACAUGUAGUCAUAUAUACAUGUACACACACAGCUGUAAUUACACACACAGUCGUAUGUAGCUGUGCAGUUGUGUGCUGCAUUCUGUCCUGCGAAUCCCGUGUGUUUGUAACAGCAGGGUGGUCCUGGUUAGCUCAGCCCAGCGUGUUGCGGAACCAUUGAAGCCUGGCCUGGUUUUACUCCCUUUUGUUCAUCUCAUUCAGCUUUCUUUAAAUGACAAAGUAUCGAUAUGAUUUUGCUUGAGUUCACAGAAGAAAAAGAAGCGAAGCAGAAGCUGAAGGUUGCUGAUUCUCAGGUAAAUUUUUCUUCAGAGCAGGAUCUAUUCAAUUUUUAAAAACUUCCUAAAGUUAAAAAGAAUUACGGAAGCCUUUGGGAGGCUGGGGUGAAUAGGUGUUUAUACACACACAUCUGUUUGUAUGCAGCCUGUUUCCAGGUUUUAAAAACAAUGAGUCGUUCUAAAAACAAAAAUCGGAAGUUAUUACUGAGUUUCAAAACAGAAAACUAACACUCUACUCCCUCCCCUUUUUAAUAAAGGAAGAGAAUAAAGUUUAAAGUUCAGUGAAACCUGUGAGAUCCGGAACUCGACAGGACUCUCUUGUUUUCCUGGGUCUCGUGACUCUUCUGCCUUUGACAGGGUGCAGUCUUACCCCUUUACUGCCACUUAUUUUAGUGGAAAACGUUUGAGUUUUCCUUCUUUGACAGGUUUCGGCCUUACACGGGUUCCAGCUUUCAUAGGCUUUACUGGGCAAAAGUUACUUUUAUAGUACAAAUUCCAGCUGACCUCUAAGCAAAUUAUCCUGUAAAGUGACAGAUGGUACUUAAAAAGGGAAGAAGUCUUCACAGUGGGGACAUGGGCUGUGGGAGCAGGCAGGCCUGGAUUGGUCUUGGCUCUGCCACUUCUGGUCUGGUGACUGCAGAAACUUACUUUCUCUCCUGGUCUCUGUUUCCUCAUCUGUAAGACAGUAAGUGGUAGGGGUAAUAGCUGUUCUGGAGGUUACUAGGCAGGUUAAUGAGGUAAGCUACUCAGUGGCUCAGCGCAGUGCCUGGCUGCGCGUGAGGGAAGCAGUGCUCCCCACCGGCAUGUGAAAAGCAAAAUGUCACCUUUUUACUGGUAAAGGCCAGGUUAGAACAAGAUUGGACUUCCUCAGGCUAGAUGGCAGCCAGACAGACUUACCUGCCGGUGCUGGGUGCACAGAUGGCCGCAGGCCUCUCCCGCCUGGCCUACCACCAUGCAGUCCUUGGCCUGGGGAGCAGUGCAGGUAUCUUAGAGGACAGCCGGCUCCAAGAGAGGACAGAAGAGGCUGGUGUCCUUCUCCUGGACAUGCCAUCCUGCUAACUCAUCCACCUGUUGGAGAGGAGGCAGCGGGGGACAAGAGGCCAGGACACUUCAGGGGAAAUGCCUCCUCCUGGAGCCAGCCCCUGACCCAGAGCAGUGACUCAGGACGUGUUGGCUCUGACGCUGACAGCAUCCAAACCGGGCACGUCCGCACACACCGUGGCCAGAGGCUGCCCAGGACAGGCGACAGAUGAGGAGACUUAGGGGCGCACAGGGGCCGUGUCCAGAGGCUGCCCAGGACAGGCGACAGAUGAGGAGACUUAGGGGCGCACAGGGGCCGUGUCCAGAGGCUGCCCAGGACAGGCGACAGAUGAGGAGACUUAGGGGCGCACAGGUGCCGUGUCCCGUUAGUGUUUUUGAAAAUCACGUGUGUACAUGAGUAAAUGCGCACAUGUGAUUGUGUGAGAAAAGGCCUGGUAGAUGUGUUUAAACAGCUAACUGGUUAUCUGUUGAAUUGCCAAGGAUUUUCAUUUUUUAUAUUUUACAUUUCUUUAUCAUUUUAAAUAUUUUCACAGUGUGUAUCUUAUAUUUAAUCGACUUGAUGGCAGCAAGUUUAUAUUUUUAAUCAUUAAGAAUUAAAAAAGUAUAAAAGUAAAGGUGGAUAUAGAACUGAGUAGUGUGACCUGAUUUCAUAAAAUAUUGGUGCAGAAAAAAAUACCCAGAAGGAAAACCGUUAACUGUGAUCAUCUGAGUGGUGAGGUUAAAGGUAAUUUUCGUUUUUAAAGUUUUUGUCUGUGGUCUCAUUUUUCUCAGCAUGAUUUAAUUUACUUCUAUACCUUGAGACAACUAGUUGAAAGUAACUUCUAUAAGCCAGAGAGGGGAUCUUAAAAACCAAGUGAGUGGGCAUUUAACUCCGGAGGACAUUUCUGGUGACUCCCUGUCAAGGCCUGUAUCCAGUGCCAGAGGGUGACCACAUGCCCAGUGGGUGCCAUCUGAGGACAAGGUGUUGCUGAACUAAUUGUGUCAGCUAAUGUAUGGACAGAAGUUCCCUGCAUAGGUUUGUAUUGUGUUUCUUACUGGUGACAUGCAAUAUGAGUGUUUAUCAUCACCAGGAGCACAGCAUCUGAAUACUCAGCUGUGUGUUUGCAUUAUUUAAGGUUAAAGCUCCGGUAACAGAGACCCAGAAAAUACAGCAUUUCAAACAAAAACCAUGAUUUCUCACAUUAGAGCUCAGAGCUAGGUGGGUGACCACAGACCAGUGGAUGGUCUGCCCUCAGGGUUCUCCAGGGACCCUGGCUGUUCUGCCCAUCUGUGGGGCUGCCCUUUUGGCAUGGCUAGAGCCAGCUCAACAGCACCAUGGAGGGGAGAGUGUAGAGGGCAAGCAGUGCCCUUUUAAAAGGUGUGCACAUAUCACCUCCAUUGCCAUCCCACUAGCUGGACCUUAGUCACCCACCACACCUCACUCCAGGGGAGGAAAUGCAGCUGUCUGCUGGAUGGCCAUGUGCCUUUGGUGGCUUAACAGUGGUAGUGACUGUGGGGUUUUCGUUACUAAAAGGAACAUGGGACGUGUGGAUGCUGAGGGACCUUUAGUCUCUGUACUGUUGACCCCCUGCUAUCACGUAGACCCUCUAUCCACACACAGUAUGCUCAGUGACUGCCUCUGGGCAGAGCCCAGGGUCUGUGGUGAUGUGUGGCCUUCAUCAGACACCAAUGUGGCUUCCAACAAUCAGUGAUCUGAACUCAAGUUUUCCACACCCCGCCUCUCAUGUGCAGCUGGGGAGCAGGGCCACUGCAGUGAGUCCUUGCACUCAGGAAAGGGAAGAAGGAAAAUGCAUGGCAGCCCCUGGGCCAUCACAGGAUGGAGUCCUGCUGGGUGGCACAUCCUAGCAGCUACUGAAGCAGAAAAUUUGUAUGACCCAUCACCCAGCAGUUACUCUCCUGGGGGUGUACCCAGCAGAAAUGAGGACUUAGGUCUACUGACAGACACGAGCAGGAAUGUUUGUAUCAGCUUUGUUCAUUAUAGCCCAAAGUAGAAACAACCCAACUGUUCAAUAGAAUGGAAAAAUGAUUGUGGCAUGUUCAUAAAAUGGGAUACUACACAGUGAAAAAAAAUGAACUAUCACCAGCACGGAUGAGCUCCGCAGCCCAGCACGUCUUUCGAGUGUAAGCAAAGACAUCUCUGGGUGAUGAUUGCACACCUUGGGAAUGUACUAGACACCGCUGCAUUAUACACUUUUAAAAUGGUGAAUUUUAUGGUAUGUAAAUUUAAGGUAUAUGUGAAAUAAAAAGGAGACACAAAAGAGAACUAUGAUUCCAUUUAAAAGAAACCGCAAACAGGCAGAUUUAUAUUCUUGGAGAUGGUUACCUUGUAGGGGAGUAUCGAUGGGGAGGAAACAAGAGGAAGUCUUUUUAGCUGACAAAUGUUAGAUGUGUUGAUCUGGGUGGUGGUUACACAGAUGUAUACAUGAAAAAUUCAUCAAGCGGUACAAUUCAGAUUUGUGCACCUGGCUGUAGGCAAGUUACGGCUCACAGAUAAAAUGCUUUUGAAAAGCUACCCUCCCCUGACAGUAGUGGAUGUGUUGGUUCACCAGCAGAUCUGCUCUGUGCUCCUUUCCGUUUUGUCCCCUGUGGCCCUGGUCUCACCCUCUGAGGGAUGGAAGCUUAUCCACUGUAACCCACCGUUCAUGGGGACUGCACAGCACUCCCCAUGCCGAUGAAGAUUGGGGCCUGGCUGUAGCCUGAUGGAGUCAUCUUAGAUUGAGUUCCCUGGAGAUAGACUGAGCUGGGAAGUUGUGUCCAGCAUGUUCAUUCAGGAGAGCUCUCUGGGCAUAGAGCUAGAAGGAAGGCAGAGUUGGAUAUAGGGAAGAGCUGACCCACGGUGACCCCUGGGUUGGGAUGACCUUCAGAGUUGUUCCUAACUGAGGCAAAGAGCCUGGGCCUUUAGGUUCAGAUUGUCAGUCAGUCAUGGACUGUUGAUGUGGUCCUCAGCAUUCUCUGGUUGCCUCCCGAGAUUCCCAGCCCCUAGUGUGCACGUACCUUGGUCUUCAGUAUUCUAUGGUUGCCUCCUGAGAGUCCCAGCCCCUAGUGUGCACCUGUCUUCUCCCAGUUAUUCAGACACUAACCUGCUGCUCUGAAGGGCUUGUGCAGGUGUGAUGAAGGCCCCAAGUCUGUUGACCUGAGAUAUCCAGGUGGGCCCUUUAAGAGCAGGAUGGUUUCUCCAGAAGAGAAGCCAAGUUUUAAAGCACAGGAAGGAUCCAGCACACCAUUGCUGGCUCAAAGGUGGAGCACCCCAUGGCAAGGAAUGCAGGCAGCCUUUAGGAGCUGAGCACAGCUCUUGGUUGGCAGCUGCAAAGAAAUGCUGACCUCAGUCCUACCAUCAUGGGGAAUUGAAUGCUGCCAGCCAUGUGAGUAAGUUUGGAAACAUUCCCCCCGGGCCCUCCAGAUGAGCACUGUAACUGCAGCCUUGUGUGACCCAAGCAGAGGGCCCUGACCAGACUGAGGUAAUAAAUGUGUGCUGUUUUAAGAGGCUGAGUUCGUGGUCAUUUGUUAUAUAGCAGUGGAUAGCUAAUAAAGUUGCCAUCCCCUGGGGAAGGUAUAGCCUUGGUCAGGUGCUCUGUCUGCCUGAAGGCAGGUCCCUGUGUGAGAGUCCCCAGAGCUGGAGGGGGUUGUGUGCCUGGCCCUGGAGAGGGUUCUGGGCAGAGCACCAUAGUGACCACAUAAAAGUGAAUAAUCACAGACUUUUUUCUUCUAAAAAAUACGUAUAUUUUGUAAAUAUUGAAGGAUAUAGCAUAUAUGCAGUAAAGAGCCCAGGUCUGAAGCUAUGGCUCAACAUAUUUCCAAAGUAAGCACACCUGUAUAACUCUGAUCACAAUAUAGAUUUCCAGCAUCCCAGAAGUCCCCCUUGUGCCCCUGCCAGUCAUCAUCUUCCCCAACGGUAAUCACUAUUUCGAUUCUGUCAGCAUGGAUUGCGCUUUUUGGACUUCGUAUAAAUGGAACCAUGAAGUACGUACUCCUUUGUGCCUGACCACCAAAGGUCAACAUCACAUCUGUGAGAUUUGGCAAUGCUUUUGUGUGUGGCAGUUUUUUUUUUUCAUUGCUGUAUAUUAUUCUGUUAUGUGAGUAUUCCUGUUUACCCAUUCUUAAGUCGAUGGAUACUUUGGUUAAGUGUAAUACGCCUAUGAGCAGACUUCUACAGGGCAGGCUUGUGGCUUCUUCAACAAUAUAUUUUCCUUGAAAAUGUAAUGCAGUUCUGUGCUGCCUGCUCUCUGGGAGCUCCCUGUGCAAGAACCACAACCCAGCUCCAGUUCUUAAAUCUGCAGAGCCCUGCUUUGUGUGCUGGCUUCUGUGCUAGGCCCCGCCCUCCUCUCAUUUUUUGACAAUUAUGGUAUCUGAAACAGGAGGACUUGGAUAGUGAGGUAAUACCUAUUGCUUGAGCUUGCAGCUGGGCAGGCUCCCACUGUCUGAUAAGAUCCCUUAAUGAGAAGACUCGAGAGGCAGCUGGCUUUUCUAAUCCUGUGAGAUCCUAGAUUAAUGGAAACGACUAAAUUAAUGGAAACGACUCGAUAGCACUAUUUUUUUUCAUACUUUUUACUGAUAAAAUGCAGGUGUUGUAGAGAGAGUCACCUUAUUAGAGCCAUAUCUUAUUUUUUCUGCUUAAAAAUGGUUUGAUUUUCAUUAAACUUCAUUUCUUUUAUAAUACUUUGCUCUAGAAGCACAAAGAACUAGCCAACACAGGCCGACAUUAUGGCCUCCUAGCCCCUUUUCCUAGAGCUAACUAUGAGGUUGGUGGGUAGACAUAUAGCUUGCCUUCCAGUUUUACCAAAUCCUUUGCCCUGACAUGCUAAUACUGAUUUCCUUACAGCCUGACUGCUAAGCCAGCGCCACAUGUUUUAGUUUUUUAUUUUGUCAUGACCCCAUUGCAAGGGGCUGAAUUUGUAAUAGGGUAUAAGCUAAACCACGGUAAAAAUACACUGGUGCAGAUGAGGUGGUUGAUCGCUUACGUAGUCCAGAUGAUGGUGGGUGGUCCAGGGUAGGUCAGUACUUGGCUUUUUGAGAUCAUCCAGGAACCAAGACUACUCCUAGUUUCCUCUGCCCUUGCCUCAAGUGUUGCUUUCCUUGGCAUCUUCGAAACUGGUUCACCAAUAUCUCCUGCUGCUCUCCAGGCUAUAGGAAGGGAGUGUAGCAGAGUAGAUGGUGAUAUAAAAGGUGCCCAUAGCCCAGUGGCCAGACUUGGACAGUGUGGAGGACUGCUGGCAGGUCUCAGGCCCCAUUAAGCAAGGAGUUAUCAACUUAAAGAGAACUCAUUCUGCAACCAUGCAGACUGCAGGAAGCAAGCUGAAUUUAACCAGAUUUGGAGUUUUGUCAUGAAAGUAUGAUAGAGGAAGAAAAGGGCAAGGAGUUGGGACUAAAUGCAAGGGAAUGAUUAUGACAUAAAAUUAAUACCAUAGACCACGGGAGCUAAGCUGGUUAAGGAGGGAAGGGAGGACUGGAAGGAAUGAGAGACAGUGAAAAGGACGUAGAACCCAUGAAUUUUGUGUCUUUAGAAGAAAAUGUCUUGAUUUUUUAAGUCAGUCCAAACUAUGUCCCUGCUCAGUGGUUGGGGAAUUAGGCUUAUGAGUAGGUGUUAUCUGGCACCCAUUCAGUACUCACUUAGAGCUAGAGGAGUUUUAUACACCAGACACCAGUCUGCCCCCCUGCAGCUGAAUGUAUUAGAGGUAGAACCACAAAGAGUCUUUUGUAAGUGGGUGUCUUAGUCAUCUAGUGCUGCUAUAACAGAAGUUCCACAAGUGGAUGGCUUUAACAAAGAAGUUUAUUCUCUCACAAUUCAGUAGGCUAGAAGUCUGAAUUCAGGGCAGCGGCUCCAUGGGAAGGCUUUCUUUCUCUGUUGGCUCUGCAGGAAGGUCCUUUUGAUGCAUCAGUCUUCCCUUUGUUUUUUGAGAUAUCUCAGCAAAGGAACCUCGGGGCCAAGGGACACGCCCUGCUCCCAGCACUGCUUUCUUGGUGGUAUGAGGUUCCCAACUCUCUGCUUAUUUCCUUUUCCUGUUAUCUCUUGAGAGAUAAAAGGUGGUGCAGGCCACACCCCAGGGAAACUCCCUUUACCUUGGAUCAGGGAUGUGACCUGGGAAGGGUGUUACAAUCCCACCGUAAUCCUCUUUAACAAAAAAUUACAAUCACAAAAUGAGGGACAACCACAGAAUACUGGAAAUCAUGGCAUAACCAAGUUAAUACACUUUUGGGGGACGUAAUUGAAUCCAUGACAGUGGGAAUGGUUGAUUUGGAGUGAAAGGAGAGCCAUGAAUAACGGUGUACAGGAUCAAGCAUGUGGGGCAGAGGAAACACCUUUCUUACUCUUCUCGGAUAUGUGUUCUGUCCUCUUUCUGCUCUCCAGAUUCCUUUCUGUUAACAAAGGGAAAAGAUGAUCUUUUUAUUCUCUUGUUUCAGGUUCUAAAGUAGCAACUGGUGACACAGAGGCGAUUCAAAAGCCUGAAUUUCCAACGAUGAAAAUUUUCAUCAGAUGAUGUCAGAAAAACUUCCAGUAAUGGAGUCCUCAGCCCCUGAGUCUGGGGAAGACCCUGAACCCAGAUUAGGGGGGCUAUUGAGAAACUCAGAAGGGCAGAGCCUGAGGAAUUCUUCUCAGGCAGCAGGUUUUAGACAGGUGACAGUUACCCAUUGGAAAAUCCAAACAGGAGAGACAGCCCAGAUGUGUAAUAAAUCAGGAAGAAGUCCAAUUCUGAACUCCAAUCUUCUUAUACUUCAGAGAGAGCUUAUAGAAGAGGAAGCUCAUCAAUGUGAUUCUUGUGGCAAGAGCUUCACAUUUCAUUCGGACCUAAUUAGACAUCAGCUUUCUCAUAGUGGGGAGAAAGUUUAUAAAUGUGAUCACUGCGGGAAAGGCUUCAGCCAAAGCUCACACCUUACUGAGCAUCAGAGAAUUCACACGGGAGAAAGACUCUAUGUAUGUAAUGUAUGUGGAAAAAACUUCAUUCACUAUUCAAAUCUUAUUGAGCAUCAGAGAAUACAUACAGGAGAAAAACCAUUCAAAUGUACUCAGUGUGGGAAAGCCUUCUGUCACAGCUCAGAUCUUAUUCGACACCAGAGAGUUCAUACCCGAGAGAGACCUUACGAAUGCAAAGAAUGCGGAAAGGGCUUCAGUCAGAGUUCAUUACUUAUUCGACAUCAGAGAAUCCACACAGGAGAAAGACCCUAUGAAUGUAAUGAAUGUGGAAAGUCCUUCAUUCGGAGCUCAAGCCUUAUCCGCCAUUAUCAGAUCCAUACAGAAGUGAAACAGUACGAAUGUAAAGACUGUGGAAAGGCCUUCCGGCAUCGAUCGGACCUUAUUGAACAUCAGAGAAUCCACACUGGAGAGAGACCUUUUGAGUGCAAUGAAUGUGGGAAAGCCUUUAUCCGGAGUUCAAAGCUUAUUCAGCAUCAGAGAAUUCAUACUGGAGAAAGACCAUAUGUAUGUAAUGAAUGUGGGAAACGUUUCAGCCAGACAUCUAACUUUACUCAGCAUCAGAGAAUUCACACUGGAGAGAAACUCUAUGAAUGUAAUGAAUGUGGGAAAGCAUUCUUUCUGAGUUCAUACCUUAUUCGACACCAGAAAAUUCACACUGGAGAGAGAGUUUAUGAAUGUAAGGAAUGUGGGAAAGCCUUUCUCCAGAAGGCUCAUCUUACUGAACAUCAGAAAAUCCACACUGGGGAGAGACCCUUUGAAUGUAAAGACUGUGGGAAAGCUUUCAUUCAAAGUUCAAAGCUUCUUCUACAUCAGAUUAUUCAUACUGGGGAAAAACCCUAUGUAUGUAGUCAUUGCGGAAAAGGAUUUAUUCAGAGGUCAAACUUCAUUCAACAUCAGAAAAUUCAUACUGAAGAGAAACUCUAUGAGUGUAGUCAGUAUGAAAAAGAUUUUAAUCCGACCCCAAACUUUAAAAAUAAUCAGUGUGUUCACCAAGAGGGACUUGACUUGAAUAAGGCCCCCAUACAUUUGGGUGAGAAGUCUAUGUGUCAGGGGGAACAUACAGAUAACUUAUAAAAUAAUUAUUCUCCAACUCAAUGAGUGAUGCUUGGAAAUCUGUGUUGUAAAUCAUAAUUCAUAUGGCUUUUAAGAUUUGGAUGCAUCAAUUUCCCAAAGUCACAGAUGGUACUGCUUUUUGAGUGUGCACCACCAGUACCGCUCUGUAGCAGUACCGGGCGUCAUUACUCUUCCUCAGACGUGAACGCUUGUCCUCUAGAGCUACGUGAUUUUACAGCUGACUUUGAGCUGGAACAGGUCAAGAGAAGGUUUCUAUAUUUCAUAAUUGCAGUCAUCCUAGAGUUAUAUCCCUUUUGGAGUGGAACUAUGUAUCUAAUCUUACCACUUAAAACAAUAUUGCCCAACAAAUUUUUGUUUCUCAAAAAGGCAGGUUGGAGAAUGAUACUUUCUUAUUUAAAACCACUGACUGGUCCCCUGUGGUCCCUAGGACAAAGUCUAAGCUCUCUAGAAUAUAUCCUGAGGCCUUCUGCUUCAUUGACCUCCUCUCCCACUGCUGAACUUCCUGCCACAGAGUCGAUGCCCCAGCAACACUAACUGCUUAAUGCCUCUCACGUCCACCAACCUCUCUCCUACUUUGGCCUUUAUUCUUGUCGAAGGGCCUUCUCACCUCGUUAACUCCUACUCAUCAUUCAAGACUCAUCUCAGGCAUCAUGUCAAGGAAAUUUUCCCUCAAGCUUAGCUAGAUUCCCCUCUUCUGUGCUUCCAUGUUCAAUACCCGUCUCUGUUACUGCGCUUACUGUGAUAUGUCAGAGUUACGUUUUUAUACACAAUAUCAUGCUGUGUGUUUCCUGAGGACGGUGAUCAUGCCUGAUUCAUUUAUGUGCCCCCAGUGCCUAGCACAAAGGCAAUAAAAAACACACCCCAAAAUCUAUGUGUAAUUGACAGCCUCUUUGUCAUUUCUAUACUUUUUAAAAUUGCUGGGUGUGUUUUGUUUGUACUGGUAGAAUCUUCUAUUAGAAAUAUCUUUUUUCUUAGCACUGUGAUAUCUUCUGUUCUUAUAUAGCUCAGAAGCUGCAGGCAGUAGCCAGUAUAAGAGUAGGGUUCCUCAUAUUUAUUGCCUUUUUUUUUUUUAGGCCACACCCAUAACUUCACUUGUUUUGGAGAGCAUUGUCUUACCUUAGUUGUUGAAGCUUUGUAACCCACCCAAGGUACACAUAAUCUCUAUGAACUAUGUAUCUUUUUGUUUCCUAGCAGGAAAAAAAUGAUGGAAUACAACUCAUUCUGUCACUUUUGGUACUCUCUGGCUUGUUUUAUCACUCAUUUGAAAAUGAGUUGAUAUCUACAAAGACCCGUGCUAGAUAUUGGGAAAGGAGAGAUGGGUAAGUCAGCAGCCAUCCUCAAGUCAUUCAGAGUUUAGUAGGGAAGACAGGAAGAUCGCAAUACAAGGUAGGAGUUGAAAUAGAAGUGUUUUUGAGCUGUGUAGGAGAAUAGAUAAGGAAGUUACUAAUUUGGCAUGGAGGAUCUGGGAAGGAGUCACAGAAGAGGUGACAUUUGAGCUGGUCUAGAGAGAGAAAUAGACAUCAGCUAGAGAAGAAAAUGACCUGGGAGGGGUAGCUGUGUGCAGAGACAGGGAAGCAUGACAGAUCCCUCUUUUGGCAGGACUAUUCAAAAGUAAGCAACUUUUGUGGUACAGUGGAUAACUGCCAAGCAAAACUGUUAGUGUUUGCCUCUGAAUUUCUUCACCUGGAAUAUUAACCAGAACAAUCAGUUCUAAAAUGAUAAAAAAAAUUUUUUCCCAUGAGGGGUAUUUUGAGUUCUUAAAUUACACCAACCCUAGAAGCUUUGAGGAGACAAGUAUUUUGAAAAGGACAUACAGUACCCCGUCUUCUGGAAAAGUCAUCAUUGCCAUAAAUGUUUUAAAUGGUAUGGAAGCAGAUGUUACCAGACUUUUUAUACCAUAAAAUAUCCAUUUUAAGUGUAAAGUUUGAGUUUUGGUAAAUGCAUACAUCCAUGUAA